AGGGUUUCCGAGCCCCCAGCCUAGAUUUGCUGCUGCUGUUGGUCGUUGUCUUACGUACGUGCCUACCUAGUCUCAGAGCAGUCUAAUAGAGUCUUGUCCCCGCUCCCCCCGCCGCGCUGGUGGUUUGCAAAGUGGGAAAACAAAGCUGGCUGGCUUGGAGAGCUCUUUUUAAAAUCUGCCCCAAGAUCCUUCUUCUCCCUCCCCGGGCCAGACUCCGCAUCCUUCCCCAACUUCCUCUUGGCUGAGCUGAGCAGCCAUUGUCAAAACACAGGUCAGCACCAGCGCUCAGGUGCUACACGUAUACGACCCCGAGUGGAUUCACUGAGCCGGGAAGAACACCAAAAAGACAAGAAGAAAAGAAGGAAACAGACAGACACACACGCAUACAUACACACACAGGCAGCCACAAACCAUGAGCGACGUCCCCGGAGCAGGAGGACUCGGCGGAGGAGGCAUCACCGACCCAAAGUCGGACCCCCAGUACAUCCAGUUCAAGGCCCUUCCCGCCGACUCGGGCAAGCUGAACCGCUGGAGCAGCGAGGUCACGCGCGGCCAUGAGUUCCCCGGUGCUCAGGCCAUGCUGUACGCCGCCGGAGUGCCCGACGAGGACAUGAUGAAGAAUGCGCCACAGGUGGGCAUCUCGACCGUCUGGUGGGAAGGGAAUCCUUGCAACACUCACCUACUCGAGUUUGGCAAGAUUGUCAAGAAGUCGGUCGAGAAGCAAAAGAUGCUGGCGUGGCAGUACAACGCAGUGGGCGUGUCCGACGCCAUCACCAUGGGUGGUGAGGGCAUGCGAUACUCUUUGCAAUCCCGCGACCUCAUUGCCGACAGCAUCGAGACGGUCACGUGCGCGCAACGCCACGACGCCAACAUCUCGAUCCCGGGCUGCGACAAGAACAUGCCCGGCGUGGUCAUGGCGGCGGCGCGGCACAACCGGCCCUUCAUCAUGAUCUACGGCGGCACGAUCCGCAAGGGCUACUCGCAGCUGCUCGAGCGCGAGAUCAACGUGAGCACGUGUUACGAGGCCGCGGGCGCCUUUGCGUACGGCAAGCUCCAGGCCAAGACGAACCCGGGCGCCCCCGGCCGCACGCCUAGUGACGUCAUGUCGGACCUCGAGCAGCACGCGUGCCCCGGCGCCGGCGCGUGCGGCGGCAUGUACACGGCCAACACGAUGGCGACGGCCAUCGAGGCCAUGGGGCUCACCCUGCCGGGAUCCUCGUCGUACCCGGCGCUCUCGCCCGAGAAGGCGCGAGAGUGCGAGCGGGCGGGCGAGGUCAUCAAGACGACCAUGGCCAAGGACAUCCGGCCGCGGGACCUGCUGACCAAGGAGGCGUUUGAGAACGCGCUCGUCAUCACCAUGAUCCUGGGCGGCUCGACCAACGGCGUGCUGCACUUCCUGGCCAUGGCCAACACGGCCGAGGUGGGCCUGACGAUCGACGACGUGCAGCGCGUCAGCGACAAGACGCCCUUCCUGGCGGACCUGCAGCCCUCGGGCAAGUACAUGAUGGAGGACCUGUACAAGGUCGGGGGCACGCCGUCUGUGCUCAAGAUGCUGAUUGCGGCGGGGCGCAUCAACGGCGACAUCAUGACGGUCACGGGCAAGACGCUGGCCGAGAACGUGGCCGACUGGCCGAGCCUGCCGCCGGACCAGAAGAUCAUCCGGCCGCUGUCGGACCCGAUCAAGGCGUCGGGCCACAUCCGGAUCCUGCGGGGCAACUUUGCGCCAGAGGGCGCGGUGGCCAAGAUCACGGGCAAGGAAGGGCUGAGCUUUGAGGGCAAGGCCAAGGUGUUCAACGAGGAGCAGGAGCUCAACGAGGCGCUGAGCCGGGGUGAGAUACCGCCGGGAGACAAGCUGGUGCUGGUGGUGCGGUACGAGGGCCCCAAGGGCGGGCCGGGGAUGCCGGAGCAGCUGCGGGCGUCGGCGGCCAUCAUGGGCGCGGGGCUCAAGAACAUUGCGCUGGUGACGGACGGGCGGUACAGCGGCGCGAGCCACGGCUUCAUUGUCGGGCACGUGACACCCGAGGCGGCGCGGGGCGGGCCGAUUGCGCUGGUAAGGGACGGCGACACGAUCCUGAUUGACGCGGUGACGAACCGCAUCGACAUUACCAAUGUGGACGACGCGGAGCUGGAGCGUAGGCGUAGCGAGUGGGUGGCGCCGCCGCCACGGGUGCGCAGAGGCGUGCUGGCAAAGUAUGCCCGCCUCGUCGGCGACGCGUCCCACGGCGCGGUGACGGAUCAGUGGGACGACUGAGCAUCGUGAUGAUGUUGAUGGUUUGCGAUGUUGCUAAGAGGGGGUGGGUGAAGUGCAACAAUCUGCUGCUGUAGAUGGGCCAGAAGUUGAGAACUGCAGAACUUUGUAGGUUCAGGAAUGAAGCAAAAAAGAAUGAGAUAUCAGGUCUACACAGCGA